AUGCGUUUAGCCACACUCGUUUUUGCGACCAUCGCUAUUCAUCUACUCUCAUCUUUCUCCGUCCUUGCGGUCCAACCUCAUCCUCCCUCACGCCGAGAACCGAAGCGCAAAUCGCCCUCUCUUGACACUCCCAUUACCUUGCGCCAGCAUCGCGAGCCCCGCGCGUUGCUUGACUUGUGCAUCAAUGCCGAAGUCGACCUUCUUGCCGACAUUGGAGAUCUGCUGGGAGAUUUGCUAGGCCCACUUGAUAUCAAUACCAACGUUAAAUUGUGUGUUUGUCUGAAAGAUCUUGAUCUUUAUCUUGACACCAAUGUCGAUAUUGCCGCACUUGUCGACCUUCUUGGUAAAGAUCAGGUCGCGGCCAUCAUCACCGCUCUGAUCAACAGUUCUCCGGAAGCCAGACAAUGUAAUUUGCCUCCCCACUCACAUCGCACAUGCAACAGUUAUGACCCUUGCGACUUCAAAUGCGAAAAGAACUACGUCCGUCAGGGGAACAACUGUGUUUGCGCUUACCCACAUACGACGUGCAAUGGUGUCUGUGGCACCUUUCCACGAGGAUGCGGCUCCGCUGUCCCCCAUCAUUUGAAGCCUCGGAACAGCCCUAUUGUGACCAUCGCGCAAGCUAAAGCACAUUGCAAAUCUCAUGAAACCGUUUGUGGCCUCCCAGGGAGGGAAGGCACCUUGGAUUUUGAUUGCAUUGAUAUACGCAAUGACCCAAACAGCUGUGGCGGCUGCAUGGCACCUCACCCCUUCCCGGAAACACAUCCUUCUCUUCUGCCGUCGGGGAAGGACUGUUCACGUAUACCCAACGCCAAAGCGGUCGCCUGUGCCAGCGAAGAAUGCGUCGUGAAGCGAUGCAAGGACGGAUGGGUGACAAAUCCUAGUCAAGACACAUGCGUUCGGGAUGUCGAGGGUUCUUUUCGCCUGCAAAAGAAUAAGAAACGUGUUAUAGACGCCAGCGCAUCCGCGGAGGCUUCUGUUGAUUCUGGUCUUGUGGAGAAGCUUUCUGCGCUCGUUACCGCGGUGGUGGACAUUAAUGGAUAUGCUCAACCUGCAAACCAGCCAUCCUUCGCAUCUCCCUAUGCGCUUCCAUCCGAUUCGUCUGCUAUCCACGUGUCAAACCUCAUCAACACUGUUUCUACAGGGACAGUUGACCUAAUAUCCUCUUCCUCUGUCUCAUCCUUCAACGUCAACUUCAAAUCCCUCAGCUAUGCAAAUACACUUCUCCGUAACACUUUAGCCGAGUGUGGAUGUGUCGAGAGGCUUGCCCUGGAACCGCUUGUGACGGCCGUCGAAACGAUGGCUACGGUCACUCUUGAUACUCAGAAUUAUCUCACUAGCCACCCUAUUGUGUCUGUCAACAAUGGUACCGUAAUUGAUCUCGACCUAUCCGUUGCCAUUGAAGCCGCCUCGGAUCUCCUCUCCGGUCUCCACCUUGAAGAAACCAACUCUGCAAGUUUCAGAUCUGUGGUCGGAAACCCUACAAAUGCGCUUCUCGAUCGUUCGAAUCUCAGGCCUCGCCCCCAUAAGCGUGAUAAUCCCACUGCCUUCGAAGUGGACGCCGAUGUUGUUCUUGAUUCCGAUUUACUUGCCCAACUAAAGGCUCUCGUCGUGCUCGUUGUCGACUUGAAUCAUGCUAAUGUCCUUCUGCCACCUUCUGGACCUCCCGCUCCUCACGCACAAACCGUCGCUUCUAACGUCGCACAAGCUGUUGUUGAAGCGACAGCCGAGCUCUUGGCUUCAUCCACGAUUUUCUCGUUCGUUACCAACGUCAACAACCUCAUGAAUGUCAACGCCGUCGUAUUGAACACGCUUCACGGGUGUGAUUGUGUUGAAGAUCUCAACCUUCGCCAAGUUCUCAACAACCUCUUGAAGGUGUCAGAGGCAACCCUCGGUCUACAGAGUUGGUGUGACCGACAUCCAGUCGCACAUCAUGUUUCUAAAUCAGGAUCCCUGUCAUCAACCAUUCCCAACACGUCCAAUGCGCCUAUUACACUGGACCUCUCACACCUUCUAUCUGGCUCAGUUUCGGCGAACGUAAAAGGAAGCAUUAGCGUUGGAGGCGCCCUUCUUGCCGGGCCUAGUAACGAACUGAACCAUCUUUUGGGAAGUGCAAUCUUCAAGCGGGGUGGAGUGGGGCGUCGUGGUUUAGAUUCUGCUACUCUCAAUGCCAGCGUCGCCGCCACAGCGAACUUGGACUUCGAGACCAGGCUUUUCAUUCUCGUGAAUCAGGUGGCGAAGCUCGAGGCUGCUUCAAGUAGCCUCCAGCCGUCUCUUUCCUCAGAUCUCAUCAAUUUGAAGUCUUCCAUUCGUACCACUCUCGUCGACGCCAUCGUGGACGCCACUGUGAAAUUUUUACAUGAGCCAGCCGUUCCAUCCAUCGUAUCCAAUGUUGAUUAUUUGGUUGAGAUCAUAUCGCAUGUCAGCGUUGCUCUGGACAAAUGUAGCUUCACCGACGAUCUAGGACUCGGAUCACUCGCCACUGAUUUGAAGUUGGUAUCAAACUCUGUGCUUGACCUUCAACUCUGGUGUCGAUCUCACUCUGAUGCAUCAUUGUUACCUGAAGUGUCCUAUGCUCUUUCUGCUGUCGCUCAGGUCUAUCAACCCAAGCUGCCUCAUCGGCUUUCUAGUGGGAUUGAUGUAAGCAUCGCAGGCUUGGAGAAUGGACUUGGUAAGGCGGUGAUUGAAUUACUGGAUGACUUUUUGAAGCCCGGGGGUGGAUCUGCGGGCGUCGAUUUGAACCUUUCUGCAACGCUCGACGCCCUCGCCCACCUUGUUAUUGGUUCUAAUGUCAAUUCGCAUGUUGGAACCCAGAUCGAUACCCUCACAACAGAUGCUCUGAACUCUGAUCUUCUCGUUGGAGUUGGCCUUGAAGGAGACGUUGGGUUGGGCGUCGACGAACAUACAGAUGGCUCGGCGGAGUGA